GGGAGGGAGAAGGGAGAGAAGCGGCAACGAGAUUAUUAUUGAGGUGGAAGGUCUUGUGACGGUGGCCUUGCCAUCCGCGUUCCAGACCAGGUUGUCGGCGCAGGCAGCACCGUAAACACGUUGUCAGGGGCGGCGCUACGUUACGCCAUCGUUUGGGAUGGAGUCGGCAGGGCGGAAGCGGGCGAGAGAGGCGGAGGGUGCGGUAGCCUCCGUGAAAAACGGUGGCGAGCAGCGGCGACGCCGACGCAACAGGUUCGCACCCGUCGAUGAGGCACCCCCGCCUGCGAGCAGCGGCCCGCCAUCGGCAGCGGCCCCGCCUCCCCCGGCUCAGGCGGCGCCAGGGGACGAGAUGGCUGAUCUCGCGAGGAUUCUGGCGGAGGCAAGGGCGAAGGCGGUACAGGCGGCGCAGCGGCAGACGACAGUACCAGAGGCCUCGCGACCCGCCUCCGCCGGCACCAACGGCAACGGCGCUCACGCCAGCGCCGCUGCUAUCAGCGGCGGAGCAGCGGCUGCCGCCGUGGCGGCGGCAACGGCGAGAGUCCAGGCACUAGCUGGGGGGGGUGCUGGGGUGGGGGCGGGGGCGAACGGCGGGCCUGCGGCGGCGGCGGCGGCGGCAGCGGCGACGGCGGCUAGAGCCAAGACUACCGAGAUGGCGAUGCUAGAGGCCCAGAUUCGCGCCUCUAUCUCGAACGUGAACAGCAUGUUCGCCGCCGGUCCUCCUAAGGUGCCCCCUGCUGUCGCGGCCGGGGUCGCAGCGGCCAACGGCGGUACCGCCUCCGCGUUGCCCAAGAAGGCCCAGGACCACACCCUCAGACUGGACGCCAAAGGCCGGCAGGUGGACGCAGACGGCAAGGUAGUCAAGAUGGGGCCGGUGCUGACCAUCAAGGCGAACCGCCUGGGGAGCAAGGCCCACAACCCGUACCUGCAGCACAGAACGGUGGAAGACACGGACGCCGCCCAGGCGGUGGAUCCCCGGGUUCAGACGGGCAACCGCGACAAGAGGGCCAAGCGAGCCUUCAAUUUCGUGGAGGAGGGAACCUACAUCAAGCAGGGAGACAACCUCCGCUUCCGCGAGCACCGCAAGUUCCUGUCGGGGAGGAUGUCGGGCCGCGUCAAUGCCGAGCAGCUGGACCCCCCCGGCGGCGGCGGCGGCGGCGGCGGUGCAACGGCCGGGAGCUCCUCGCUCUCCGUUUACUCGGCACAGGCGGAGGCUGACGAGAGUGCGGCUGUUGCUGCAAAGGCUGCGGCGGCGGCAGCGGCUGCGAAGGAAGCGGCGGAAGCGGUGCCGGCCUUGCGAGAAGCCGGGCAGGAUUUGGUGGAGAUCGAGUGGUGGGACGAGUCGUUCUUGACCAAGGAAACACGGGACGCGAAGGCGGCGGGGAAGCUUGAAGCCGAGGCGUGCACCACGGAUGCCCUUUACCCCGGCCUUCUGCUAGAGAACGCCAAGACCUUCAAGUACAUCCAGCACCCCAAGAAACCGUUGGAGGAGAAAGCGGCGGCGACAGCGGGGGCGGCGGCGGCGGCGGUCGGAGGGGGUGACGGGAAGGCAGCGGCGGGGGG